CCCAACUCUCAUUGGAAGCUGAAUUCCUUACUUUGCAGGGCGAAGUGCUCGCUGUCCAAAUUGGUCAACUGGCCAUAACAAGCUUGGUUCAAAAGCACAUCUUGCCUCGGACUACCUGCAACGCACCGCUGCCAUGCGGACAGUUUAUACGGAGCCUGCCAGCUCUCCAACAGACACCACACAACUGCUGGACGGUGUGGAUGCUCCAUGCCUCAAGCAUGACAGAACUCGGCACUUUCUGCGUACCCAUGGACGCCUCUUCAUACUGGUGCGUGGCCCUCCUGGCUCGGGCAAGAACAUUGUAGUGGCCAGGCUGGAAGAGCUGUACAUGGACAGCAGCAACCUGCCUGGCUCAGAUGUUUCUGAGUGCCAGAACUCCUUAACUGCAUCUGCGUCACAUGACACUACCUUUAGCAAAAUCGAAGCCUUUAUGAAGAAUGACAUACCCAUGCUGUGCAGACACACAGGCAUCAUGGUUUGGCACAUUACGAAGUAUCUGGCACUGACAUCAAAGUAUGGAUACACUGUUAUUCUCGUUGACAUGCCACAUCAGUCCGUCUCUGAUCCUAAGGUUCCAUACGAUGCCAUUAACAGCGGCAUGGGCCAGUCAAACCAAGUGAUGCAAUGGGAAGAUGUGCACCCCUUUGCCAUGGGCUGGUCUCCAAGGCCCAAGGAUGCAGCGUGGCUCCUAAGGCGUUUCCAACAGAUAAGGAACACUCUGCAUGAUGAAGGUCUGGCACUUGCUCUCAAAGAUGUAGCCAGCAGCCGCUUUUACCCCUUCUGUUUGGCAAAGCUCUGCCUUUUUGGGCACAGCGUCGCGGACAAGGAUUACUGCCACAGUGAAAGGGUGAGGCACGCCUAUGGGCGAAGCGACACAAUUCAUGUGUUUGGCUAUGCUGUCACUCAAGGCUUUGUGUUUGCUAUGGUGGAUCUCAGCGAAGAUCAGGCAUCACUGACUGGGAGCCUUGACAGUAUGGACAAAGCUGAUGGAGACGUAGAGGCAGUAACACGGCAGUUGUCCUUGAGCCUCGGCUUCCAAACGUGGGAACAAGUCAGCUGCACUGUCGACAUUUCCAAGUUUGCACCAAUGGAAGGUUGCGCUGACAAAGGCAAUUUGCGCCUUGGAGACAAGAUCAUUCUUAAAGAUGUGCACCCAUCAAGGAUCACCUUCAUGCCCCUUGGCCUAAUCAAUGGGACUGAGUACAGCUACAGCAAGGCGGUUGUUGCUUGUCGAGAACUGCUGUCAUCAAGGUUGCGAUCUUGGACUGAAACGGCAGUGGCGGGAGUGAAAUGUGCAAAGAGUGUCAGUGGCAUUGAGGUUUAUGGAUCAGCGGUGCCAACUGUAGAUGCCUGCCUCCUGGUUGUUGAUCGUGCAACCGUAGAGCUGGACGUUGUCUUCACAGGCUACUACCAGCCCCACACGACACCGCUCAGUGGCCGCAGCUGGUCAGGCGCACAAAAUACUGGCUCGACAAGACAGCCGUACAAUCGUCGCGGUCAUUACAGACCUUUCAACCGAUGUCACUGAGUGCGACAGUGCGUUGGUGCUAGUGCAUCCGCAGACACCCAAGACUGCGUAUUGAGAUGGAUACUCCAUUGUACAUGACUCGCAAGUGCCAGAGACUGGAGGCCCUCAAGUUAUGUUGCAACAUUCAUGCUCACUGAUGCCAGCACCUUUUUAUGAUUUAUAAAAAUGCUAUUUAUCACUUGGUGAACUGAUCAAAGAUCAAAAGCAAGGAUCAAAAGCAAGGAUCAAAAAGGAACAUACAAUGACGAUUUUUGUGAGUGUCUGCUACUUCACACUGUGAUACGGCUGUGCCUAUCAUUCUAUCAUUUGAGAUCUUUCUAGUCUAAUGAACAUCGCCAAAAUAUGUAUGUGUGGCACCUAAUCCUAAUUGUAUGCACUUCUUUUGAAUAAAAUUAUUACUUUUGGUAACCAGACUUUGAUCUCAUGGUUCCAGCGCAAAACAGUCUAAACUCUGAAAUAAGAAAUGGCACUUCAGCAGCACAGCAACAUACAACUGCAUGCACACGCGUAUAUUUUCCAGGCUUUGGUAAGCAACUAACGUAGCUUAGAGAAGCACCUGUGUGGUUCUCAAUUACUCUAUUAUUUCUGUGCAAUCUGCCCUCGGUUGUAACAAAUCAUAAUCAUUGUUUGCUGCACAAGCAAGAAUAGUAUGAUUGAUGCAUAAUUCUUUGUUGUUGCAAAUUUCCUAUGUUGAUUUGCCCUGAAGCAUUUGUUGAAAAAGCAGAGGGGCUGACACUGAAACAGAAACAAAUGCAGUCGAACCCACUUAUAGCAUUACCGGUUUUAACAAUAUUUUGAUGUAACAACAAACUUUUGUGUUUGUUUCAUAGGAAAAUAAACUGCUUACUGUAAUGUU